AAGCCCCAAAAUCAAAACUCAACCUCACAAUUUCUUGUUUAUCAUCAAAUUCCCUCAUAAAACUGAAAUUUCCAGCAGACCUCACAAAAGUGAGGUUAGUGAGGAGAAAGAAAUAGCAAGUGAGUAAAAAUGGCGGCAGAAUCGUUGAGAAUUACAGGAACACUUGAACCCCUUUGCAAUGUUAAUGGGUCUCAAAAUAAGCUACUUUCUCUCUCCUCCUCCCACCACCACAGUCGCCGCCGUCUCAACGUGUCUUCUUCUCUCUCCUCCUUCUUCGGGGGUGUUCGAAUUAGCAGGUGUAAUUCCAGAAAUGCCCCUGCUUUGCAGCAGCAGAGGAGGAAGUUCUCUGUUUUUGCCAUGGCUACUGAUGAGGGCAAGAGGAAAAUCCCACUAAAAGAUUAUCGUAAUAUUGGAAUCAUGGCUCAUAUAGAUGCUGGGAAAACUACUACAACUGAGAGGGUCCUGUUCUACACAGGCCGGAACUAUAAGAUUGGUGAGGUGCACGAAGGAACAGCGACUAUGGAUUGGAUGGAGCAAGAACAAGAAAGAGGGAUCACGAUCACUUCUGCAGCAACUACAACCUAUUGGAAUAAUCAUCGCAUCAAUAUUAUUGAUACUCCUGGCCAUGUCGACUUCACUUUGGAAGUCGAGCGGGCUCUUAGAGUGUUGGAUGGUGCUAUAUGCUUGUUUGACAGUGUAGCUGGGGUGGAGCCACAAUCUGAAACUGUGUGGAGGCAAGCAGAUAAAUAUGGUGUGCCCCGUAUAUGUUUUGUUAAUAAGAUGGAUCGUCUAGGUGCAAAUUUCUUCAGAACAAGAGAUAUGAUUGUCACUAAUUUGGGCGCAAAGCCCUGUGUAAUUCAAUUGCCUAUUGGUGCAGAGGACAAUUUCAAGGGAGUCAUUGAUCUUGUGAAAAUGAGAGCUGUUGUGUGGUCAGGGGAGGAAUUGGGUGCAAAAUUCAGUUAUGAAGACAUUCCCGCAGAUCUCCAGGAAUUGGCUGCAGAUUAUCGGGCGCAACUGAUAGAAACUGUAGUAGAAUUAGAUGAUGAGGCUAUGGAGGGCUACUUGGAAGGAAAAGAGCCUGAUGAGGAAACAAUCAAGAAACUUAUUAGGAAAGGAACCAUCUCAGCCAGUUUUGUUCCUGUUAUGUGUGGUUCAGCCUUCAAAAAUAAGGGUGUUCAGCCUUUGCUUGAUGCAGUAGUAGAUUAUUUACCAUCACCUCUUGAAUUGCCCCCAAUGAAGGGUUCUGAUCCAGAAAAUCCUGAAUUGGAAAUAGAGAGGGAGCCAAGUGAUGAUGCACCAUUUUCUGGCUUAGCUUUUAAGAUCAUGAGCGAUCCAUUUGUGGGUUCUCUUACAUUUGUGAGAGUCUAUUCGGGCAAACUAGCAGCCGGAUCUUAUGUAUUGAAUGCAAAUAAGGGGAAGAAAGAAAGAAUUGGUAGGCUUCUGGAAAUGCAUGCCAACAGCAGAGAGGAUAUUAAGGUGGCAUUAACAGGUGAUAUUGUUGCACUUGCUGGUCUAAAAGACACCAUCACUGGUGAAACACUCUGUGACCCAGAAAAGCCUGUUGUGCUUGAACGUAUGGAUUUCCCUGAUCCUGUCAUUAAGGUGGCUAUUGAACCCAAGACUAAAGCUGAUAUUGACAAAAUGGCUACUGGUCUGAUAAAGCUUGCUCAAGAAGAUCCUUCUUUCCACUUCUCACGUGAUGAAGAAAUCAACCAGACAAUCAUUGAAGGAAUGGGAGAGUUACAUCUUGAGAUCAUUGUUGAUCGGCUCAAAAGAGAAUUUAAGGUUGAGGCCAAUGUUGGUGCACCACAGGUUAACUACCGUGAAAGUAUUUCUAAAGUUUCUGAAGUCAAGUAUGUUCACAAGAAACAGUCAGGUGGCCAAGGACAGUUUGCCGACAUCACUGUGCGAUUUGAACCUUUAGAGGCUGGAAGUGGAUAUGAAUUUGUUAGUGAAAUUAAGGGUGGUGCAGUGCCCAAGGAAUAUAUCCCUGGAGUCAUGAAGGGAUUGGAAGAGUGUAUGAGCAAUGGUGUGCUUGCGGGUUUUCCUGUGGUUGAUGUGCGUGCCGCACUAGUGGAUGGUUCAUACCAUGAUGUUGACUCGAGUGUCUUAGCUUUCCAACUGGCAGCCAGAGGGGCUUUCCGGGAAGGAAUGAGAAAGGCCGGUCCAAAGAUGUUGGAACCAAUUAUGAAAGUUGAAGUAGUUACACCUGAAGAACACUUGGGAGAUGUGAUCGGUGACCUGAACUCCAGGAGAGGGCAAAUCAACAGCUUUGGUGAUAAGCCUGGUGGUCUCAAGGUUGUAGACUCCCUUGUUCCGCUGGCUGAGAUGUUCCAAUACGUGAGUACAUUGCGAGGAAUGACUAAAGGGCGUGCGUCCUACACAAUGCAGCUAGCUAAAUUCGAUGUUGUUCCUCAGCAUAUCCAGAACCAGCUCGCCGCUUCAAAGGAAGAAUUGGUGUCUGCUUAACUUACUACCGCCCUAUCUGCUAGGUCCCAGUGACAGAUUUUGCUGAUAUCUUGUAAUUUAAACAUUGAUUUGGUAUAUUCAGCUUUCGUUAUGUUUGGCGUCAGCUUUUGUAUAGGUAGUCAAUCAUUUGUCAGAAAGAUCCCAAAUGUAGUACAAAACUCAGUAAUAUAUAAUCUGUGAAGGUUGAUCAAAUUUUUGGAAGAAUUUUUGCUGGGUUUAGAGGUUCUAUUUGGGACAA